AUGUCGAGCCAAUCAAGCGGUGUACCCGUACAGCACAACCCCUCGUCUACCAAUUACCGCCUCAUCGAGCUUCCCCCAGAUCUACAAAACGUUCUUGAGGCUGAAGACGCCCCCGUGCUUAGCAUUGAGUCUUCUGAUACCUCUGCUGUUAUCAAAACCCCCAACAAGACAUAUGCAUUACGUCAAAAGAACACAUCCAAUGCUUUCAUGCUUAUCUCGCCCAUGUCCUCGUCGUCUUCAGAUGAACCAUUCAGCCAGGGUAUUUCUAUAGUUUCCACGAUCAAGGAGACUGUCGAGUUGGAUGUCGUCCCUGAAAAGGCAAAAAGUGUCCCGGGCAAGGGCAAGUGGCAUGAGCGAUUCGGACGGAAUAGAUAG